AAUCCUCACCAGCCUCCCUACUGCUUAUGUUUUGGCUCUGGCUAGCUUUAUAUUUUACGCGCAUCUUCGUUUCAAGAUCCAACCGAGCUCGAUGAACAUCAUUCUCAACGAUCCGAUCGCGAAUAUCGACGCGCACGUAGCCUAGCUGAUUCUAAUAGACAUUUCGGCCGUGUAUCUGGAGUGAAUACCUUACGCAGCCCAAACCAAUUCAAGCUGAUGUUGUCAGGGACAAGAGUCACGUGAUGUAUGAAGGCAAACACAUACACUUCUCAGAGGUGGACAAUAAGCCGUUGUGCUCGUACAGCCCAAAGCUCUGCAAACAACGCAGGCUAAAUGGCUAUGCUUUCUGCAUCCGACACGUUCUGGAGGAUAAGACGGCUCCCUUCAAACAAUGUGAAUAUGUGGCUAAGUACAACAGCCAGCAAUGUACCAACCCCAUUCCCAAGUCUGAGGACCGCAGGUACUGUAACAGCCAUCUACAGGUUCUGGGUUUUAUUCCCAAGAAGGAGCGGAAAAAGAAACACGAUGCGUUGGAGGAUAUGCGCUCACGGCCUCACCUGGAGUCAGUGGCCCUCAACAUAACCGUGCCCUCCCUGGCGCUGAAGGCUCCCAAUGGCCUCAAUGAACUUCCGCCAUCCCCCCCUUGUUCACGGCUGUUGCCCUUGCCUGAUGGGGAGCUCUUGCUCCCCAUCAGGCAAGGGCAACAGGACCCUUUUGCCUUUUAUGAGGAAGACUCGGAUGGGGAGGAGGUGGGUACUCCUUGGAAAGGCAACACCAUCAAGAAGAAACUACAAAGCCGGCUGGUGCUCAACCAGAAACUCUGCCAUGACACGGACCUCUUUCAGCCACCUUCUGAGCACUUUAGUCCCUCCCCUGUCCUCCGUGUCCACCCCUCCCCGCCGCUCAACACUCAUCUCCCACGACAACAGUCAGGUCUUCUCCAGCCACCACAACACCCCAGUGUGACUUCCUUCAUUUUCCCAGGACAGCAGCAGGGUUUAUUAUGCAAUCCACCACCACCUCAGACGGUCAACUUUCUGCCUCCGGGGAUGCCCGCAAACACAGCAACCAGUCCGAUGCAACCUUCCGGGCAGUCACUCAGCAGAAAAAUGCCUUUCACUGCUACUCACUUGCCUGCAAGCAAGGACAGUAGUAGUAACAAUCAACGGCAUGUGGUUGUCAUGCGUCCUGCUGCCUUCUCACCUUCUGCCAACUGCCUGGCCAGAUUACAACAUCUAGUGCAACUCUGUGCGAAGAGACAACGGGAGCAUGGAGACCUCUUUCCUCAUCUAGGAUUGGACUGGUCAGUGGACAGUGCAGAUGAUGAAGAGGAGGCAGAAAGAGAUGUUCCUUUUCAGAGUUCUUGGAGACCAUAUGAUGGGUUGGAAGUAGACAGCGGUUCCUCUCGGAGAACACGACUGUUACGGCUUUGCUCAUACCUUCAGGAGAAAUACAAGCACAUGUGCAGGCAGGAGAGGGCAAGCAUCCGCCAGAAGAGAUACCGCUAUGCCUUCCGCAAAGCUUUGUUGCAAGCUGCCAGUAAUAACCCCAACUGUGCCGGGCAGCUGAUCCAAGAGUUACGUGGCACACCGCCGAGCUCCUUAAGUACGGUUCCAUCACAGCAGCAGAACACGGUGACGGGGAUCUGCACCGGCAGCACCAAAGGCCGGGCCUGCUCCAACAGAGCGCUGCCUUUCACUCAACACUGCUUUCAGCACAUUCUGCUGAAUCGCUCCCAGCAGCUCUUUUCGAGUUGCACGGCCCGAUUUGCAGACGGCCAACAGUGCUCCGUUCCCGUGUUUGAUAUCACGCACCAGACGCCACUCUGUGAAGAGCAUGCCAAAAAGAUGGAUAACUUCCUGCGUGGAGACGGUAACCGGCGAGUGCAGCACCAGCAGCAGCAACAGCGCAAGCCACGUAAAAAGACCAAACCACCGGCGCUUACCAAAAAACACAAGAAGAAGCGGAGGAGAGGGCCGCACCGGCCUCAGAAACCAAUCCCUCCCGCACUGCCGCAGGGAAACCUGGGAAUGCCAUCAACGAGCAUCGCAAUGCCCUCGCAGGCUAGCGUCAGGAGCCCUUCAACACCAGACCUGAGUGCAGACGAGCUUCCUGAUGACAUCACCAAUGAAAUGGCAGACAUUCCAAAUGACCUCGAGCUAAACCAGGAGGAUUUCUCCGAUGUGUUACCCAGACUACCCGAUGACCUGCAGGACUUUGACUUGUUUGAAGGUAAGAAUGGGGAUCUGCUGCCAACCACCGAGGAGGCUGAGGAGCUCGUGCGGGCGCUGCAGGCAAUGGCAUCUUACCCCGAGUCGUUGGUGUGCCUGACAUCCAUGGGAGACUUAGCUUCGUCUGAAGGAGUGGACCACAGAGUGUUCCCAGGGCCGGUCCAGCCAGGGACCAUGGGGGACCUUCUCAACAGCCGCAUCCCAACAGAGAACUUCACCAGCCUUGAGCUGGAGGACAAUCUACUACAGUCCACUGGGGGUCACUUUCCCCCUUCGCCGCCAUCGCAGCCUUCUAACCAGCCACCAACAUCAUCUUCUUCGACAGUUGCCCCCUCGCCCACCACCCUGCUCGCUCAGAGUCCCCUAACAGAGCGAACGUUUUCUCGGACGCAUGCGUCCCACGUCCUGUCAAAAUCAGACACGUCCAUGUCAUCUCCCCACGGCAGCCACUAUAGUAGUGAGCACGUGCCAUCGCCAUACAGCGACCACAUAUCUUCACCCCACACCAGCUCCUUCCAGACAGAGACCCCGCUCUUGCUAGAAGUCCCUCUCAGUGGAGUAUCAGGGCCUCCACGGUCCUCGUGGAACAACCUCCCUGUCCCCCUCACUGACCCCACGCAGUUUGGCAAUCUCAUAGGCUCAGAAAGUCAUCUCAUCUCCACCUCGCUGUCCACACCCCCUGCCACCACACAUUCUGUGACCCUGCAGCCAAUGGCUGCUCUGUCGGCGAUGCCACAGAGCGGUUUGACCGGCUUAACGACGUCCCCCGCCUCCUCAUCCACAUCGCACGACCUUCUCACCUCCGUACAACCCAAGCAACAGCUCCCUCAGUUCAGCGCGGCCUUUGGCCAUCAACUGGCCUCCCACAGUGGCAUCCCGAAAGAUGUGCAGCCCAGCCACAGCUCCACGGCGCCCCUUGCUGGCUUCUCCAUAGGUAGUGCCACUGCUGCAAGUGCCAACAGUGCCACACCCCCCUUCACGCAAAGUAAGUGAUAGCUGUGGGGCUGCAGUGUCUGCGGGAUGGUCUGCGGGCUCACAGUCUCGAACAGUCCAUCUGACUGGCUUCUGAUCGACCACCCUUCAUCUCUGUGUGUGCAAUGUGGUUAUAGUGCACUAUUUGAUAAUGAAUUUGCACAACCUCAGAUUUUUCCUCAAUAUAUAU